CCUAACGCACGACAGAGUACAAAGACCCGCUCUCGUUGCUUUUACUUUGUUAAAUGGUUAUUCGGACGAACAGCGUCAAGUAUAAUUUCAUUUUAUAAUAGAGCUUCCACUCGUUGUUCGAGGUUUCUAUCCGGAUAAGAAUUUCGCCCGCGAUCGAUCGAUCGCGAGUCGUAUCGAGGCUAAUAAGAUUUCGGUCCGCGGCGCAUGUGCCCGCCGGUGCAAAGCCUUAAGCGGAAAUCUAUCUGCAGGUGAAAGGAAAGCUGCGCGCGGCGAUUUCCUUUGAUACAUCGCCACCGCCGCGAAUAUCGUCCCGACGUGAUUUUUGUUACGUGUAAAUGUUCCCGAUCACUGAACGGAUCCAUUAACUGCAUGAACGGAAAACCUCGAAGAUGAAGAAUUCCUCGCAUAACCGUAACGGAUUCACCUGAAACGCGGCUGCGGAGGGCUGCUUCGAGCACCGUCGAAGCAGUUUAUAGGUUUUUUUUUACAAAAAUGGAGAACGAUGCUGAGCGAUUGCCGCUGUUGGAGCAGAAAGUGGCCACCUCCACCAAGUUCGCGUACGCGUUGGGACACAUUUUCAAUGACCUCACGGCCGCCAUGUGGUUCUCGUACACUCUCAUCUAUUUCCAGAGAGUCGCUUUGCUGAAACCGAUCGCUGCCGGCGGUCUUUUGCUCCUAGGACAAAUCGUGGACGCCCUCGCAACGCCGAUCUUCGGAGUGCUGGUCGACCGUUACUGGAAGAAAAAAGUAUGGCACACUAUUGGCUCCGUUAUGGUCACACUGACGUUCCCCGUGAUCUUCGGCGGUUUCGUCGAUCCAUCGAACGGCGUGGUCGUGUUCGUCUACGUAGUCAGCAUCGCGUUGUUUCAAACUGGUUGGGCGGCGGUGCAAAUCUCCCAUUUGUCCAUGAUCCCGGCGUUGACGAACUCCUUGUUGGCACGUGCAGACUUGACCGCCAUACGAUAUUCGGCCCAAGUUGGAGCAGCGGUAGUGGUGUUCGUCGUUACAUGGAUCGUCCUGCCCACGAAAGAAGAGGCUGUGGUUAGACUAGCUCAAGAGGACAGUUACAAAUUUAGGAAUAUUGUGUCGACGUUGACGUUCAUCGGGUUGUUGGCUACCAUAUUUUUCCAUAUCUUCUUGAAAGGGGAUCUCUUGGAGAAUCCCGAGCGGCACAAAGGGGACGCCGAGGAAUCCAAGAGAUUGCUCGGUAAUCCUCAGAACAAUCAAAGUUCCUGGGUCGGCACAACUAUUUUACUGAGAGUGGCUAUGCUAUACGUGGCCAGUAGGCUGUUUAUUACAUUGGCCACCGUGUAUUUGCCAUUGUACAUAGAAGAGACAGACAUGGAUGGAAAGGAGGCUCUGGCGACCGUUCCGUUGGUUUCGUAUGUGUCCUCCUUUGUGGCAGCUUUAAUGCUCAAGUACAUAAACAAAUCUUGCGGCACAAAGGCAUGUUAUUUCAUGGGUACGCUUAUUGGCAUACUGUCCGCGUUGGUCACGGAAUUCGGUGGAAAGAGAGCAUCGAUCAUUUACAUCGUCGCGAUUCUGAUCGGAGCCGGAAGCUCGAUCACGAUGGUCACAGCGUUGAGCGUCACCGCGGAAAUAAUCGGUGCUCGAACGGAGCGUAGCGCCAUCGUUUACUCCAUCGUAACUUUUCUCGAUAAGGUUGUCACAGGAUUGGUCGUUAUCGUUAUCGAGAAGUGGCGAUGCACGCAACCGGAACUUUGCCCGAAUUACAACAGAGACACUCUGUCGCUCGUCUGCGCCGUUUCUAUGUCUUUGGGCCUCGUAGCACUGUUCUCCGUAUCGCGAUGCCUAACAUAAAGACAUUUCGAAGGAUACAUCCUCAUCGACGAAUCAUAUUCUUAAUACUUUUAUAUCAUAUUCACGAAACCCGUAGUAUAAUAUCGAUUCCACAACUCGUUUUUAUACUUGUUUACACGUACGUAGAAGUUGCAACGCCAAAUGUAAAAAUAAAACUUUUCCAACGAAACGGUGGCCGAACGGCAAGUAGAAACUUCUAUAUUCGAGAAAGUAUCGAUCACCUACGAGUCCGCGUAAAAG